ACCGCAUAAUGAGUAAAUACUUUCUCAGGCAGUUCUCCGAGUUUGAUAAGGAUAAGAUUUUGUCAGCAUACCAGCAGACCAGCAAGUUUGAAUACACAAGGGAUGUAUUUUUCAGUACGGUAACAGAUCUUGCAGAGAAGACAGUGGUAACUGAGGCCUUGGCCCUGCUUAAGGAAAGGGAGGUUAUAGACCUGACCGGGAAGACGGGGGAUAAGGUCAAAAAGGGAAUAGAGAUUCUGCAUGAAGGGUGCAUGGGGUUGACAGCAAGAUGGACAGAAUGGAAAAUGCGCGACUAGUAAUGCAGGCACAGAUGUCCCGACCCGCCCUCCCGCCCCAAUAAGCCGUAAUACCGGCACCAGUAGCCAAUCGAGGUUUCCCCAGAAGGGACCCGGCCAAUGAACAAUGCAAAUAUUGUACAAUGGUCGGGCAUUUCGUGAGGACCUGUCCGAGACUUCACCACGACAUCAUUAGACAGAGGUGCAGUAGGUCCCUCAAAGGUGAGAUUCUCGAACCUCAGGAAGAGCGAGUAAACUGGAAUUCGCCAGGAGGAAUGAGGCGUGCCGUCAUCCUCCUGAAUAACUUGGAUACAGCUGCCGUAGAAGCAGAACAGGUAGCGGAGCUUGUCUGGGACCAACCAAGGGGUCGCGGGCCCCAGGUCAACUUCAUCCUGGAAGGUAAUGGGCAGGAUAGGGUUAAUAUUACUCCCCGACGGGCUGGCGCGGAAAAAAAGCUCAUCCGAGACACAGUAAUGGAAGAAGCCGCGGGUGCUAGUGCAGAUCAGGAGGAAGCUGAGGUCAGGGAACAGGAGAAGGUCUAUGGGAAAACGAGGGAAGAGAAACAGGUAGAGAAAGCCACGACGGCAAAUAAGAAGUUAAGGUACCAGAUCCCGAUUCUGACACUGCCCGAAUUAGAUGACACUCUGAGCAAACUCCAGGGCACCAUGGUGCCGGUAUCCUUCCAGACCAUGUUGCAGGCAAACCCGAGACUACUCAAGGGCCUCAGACAGCUAUUGACGCGUAAACGUGUAGAAGUAGAGGAGGCUCCGGAACCACAGGAACAAGGACCCGAGGAGGCCGAGACGCCACAAGGAGUCUCUAACCUCCAAAGCAUUCCAGGGGGCCUAGAAGAUUUGGAAAAAACUUUUGCUGAAGUUCGUCCGAAUCUGCCGGACCGAGAUGGUGGCGAAGUCAUGAGAGCGCCGCCUGGCACUAAACUUAGCUUCCACGCACUGCCUGUAGGAAAACUUAAAGUCCAGGUCGGAACUCACCACACCGAUGAAUUGGUGGAUGACGGCGCGGAAAUUACCCUCAUACGACGGGAUUUUGCGACAAUCACGGGGUGCACAGUGAACAAGGAGGUAGUAGGGAGUAUCAGGGGAGCGGGCGGAGAAAUUCCCUUCACUGGGUAUGUCACCAAAUGCGCGAUCAGGGAAGGAAUUCGAGAAUCCAUCUGGUCUUUCCAACGGAUGACCGUCAUGGAAGAAAUGGACCAUGACAUAAUUCUUGGGAGACCAUGGUGCGCCAAUGUAGAAAUGAUUGGCAUGCACCUGCAUGAUGGCACGUAUAUGGUAGAUAUAGAGGAUCCGGUGACUGGUCGCGGAGAACUCCUCCGACUCCUCGGAACUGGAGGGGACCCUCCCAAGGGUAAGCUGGCAACCUGGUCGCUGAAGUUUGAAGAAAGCGCACGGAAAGGCGCAUUCGCACGGAUGGAAGGCAUGAGGGAAAGGGCGCAGAAGGAGUGUCAGUACUUAGUCAACCAGACUCGGGAGGAGCAGGAUACAGAUCAGAAGGAACAAGAAUUCUUCCUCAUACAGAUGUAUGAGGGCGUCUUUAGAGAAAUCGGUUUGCUGCUUGUAUGGAACAAACAACCCACGGAAGUCAGCUCCAAGGCAAGGGAGGAAGCUGAGAAGUAUGUCUUAAGAAACGCUCACCUGUUCAAGAAAGAGGAAGGGAUGAUGCCUAGGCGUGUCGUUUGUGGGAGGUCUAGGCAGCUGGACGUAAUUCAGGCAAUGCAUGAUGGGCUAGCUGGAGGUCACCGGUCGUCAAAGGGGACACUUGCAAAGAUCGUGCCCUUGUAUUUCUGGCCAGGAAUGGCAGGCAUGGUCGCAACGUACUGUCAAACGUGUCUGAUAUGUCAAGAGAGGAGCUCCGCACGGGUUUACGAACCCCUUAGACCCACUCGGGUACUUGUACUCGGGCACCUUGUUCACCUCGAUUUUGCGGUUAUGCCCGUAUCAACGGUUGGGUUUAUAUACAUAUUGGAUGCAAGGGACAAUCUCAGUGGCUACGUAGAGGCCGUAGCUCUCAAGAGGAAGACAGGGAAAGCAGUGGCCGAUUGGGUGGAAGACUUCUACCUAAGACACCCCUCAGUGCACAGGUUUAUAGCAGAUAAUGGGACAAAAUUCGUUAACCAGGAGGUGUUGAACAGGCUUAAGAUAUUGUGUGUACCAAUCAAGAUUACUGAGCCCUACCAUCCUGAGGCAAAUGCACCAGUAGAAAGGGGGCACCAGACCUUGAAAAAUACAAUCGUUAAGCUCGCCGCAGAUGACUUGGGAAAUUGGCCGCGGUACCUUAGACAGGAAGUCUUUUCUGAGAACGUGACACCAAAGAGAACGACGGGAUGCAUUCCAGCGGAACUAUGGUAUAAAAGGGAGAUCGAUUUCCUAGUAAAGGCCCUGAUUCCCACCUGGAACAGACUAGAUGACGACCCGCACUUGACCACAGAAGAGUUAAUCACCGCACGUUGCCAGCAAAUUGCCAGGAAUGAGGAGGCACUGGAGGAAGUAGUUAACCGUGUAAUGGAUAGUCGAAUGAGGGACAAAGCAAGGUGGGACCAGGUCAAGAACAUUCGUAAGGAGCCGCUCCAUGUGGGGGAAAAGGUGCUAGUCAGGAAUUCGACCCUUGAAAGCACAUGGUCUGGGCAGUUGGGAAGGAGAUUCAAAGGGCUUUACAGGAUCACCAAGCGGGUAGGACUGAACACGUUCGAACUUGAAGACCUUGAUGGCACUAGCACAAGGGGGUCAUUCCCGGGACAAAGGUUGGUCAGGUUCUUGAGCAGGGAUCCUGUGGAACAAUGGUUACAAGAGGCUCAUGACGAGGAAACAGAGGAUUUGGCAGCUUGAAAGGCAAACCGCCGGUUAUGGGUGUGGACCGUCUUCCUGUGGUAGUGUUCAUGAGCACAGGGGUUGCUCGUUUGUGUGUCUUAUUUCCGGGGGGACGUAGGAUGACUGCCUGGGCUGAGUGUGAAUGAGGAUGGAAGCCCGAAAUAUACUAUAGUUUUUGUGGGACAACUCUGGGGACCGUCUACAUGGGGUGCCUAUGUGUGGGGGCAAAGUGCCAAAGGGUCAAAGGGAUGAUGGGAUCGCCAACCGCAUGAGGGCAAGCAAUGGUUCUGGGAAGGCUUGCAAAUCGGCAAAUGGGAAUGGGAAGGGUGUGUGUGCGUAUGAGGGGUUGGGGUGACUGUUGUGCAUGGACAGGAGCAGGCAAGAAGAAGACACUAAGAAAAAGACAAAAAAAUAGAGUUUGGAAAUGAAAACGAUAGCAACGC